UAUACACACAUCCUAUAAAUAUAUAUCAUCACCCCAACCUGAAACUUUUCAUUGCCACACAAAACACACCCCAACAAUUUAAACCCUCUCUCACUCUUCACUUCCCCUCUUUCUCCUCCGCCAUGGUUACGUCCACAAUUCUCUCAGAUCUCGGCACCGAAAUCCUAAUUCCGGCAUGUGCACUCGUCGGAAUCGUCUUCUCUCUCCUCCAGUGGUUCCUCGUCUCCAAAGUCUCCCUCUCGCUCGAUAAACCGGACGCUAAACACGCCUUCACCGAGUCCUUGAUCGAGGAAGAAGAAGGUGUUAAUGAUCAUAACGUUGUUCAGAAAUGUGCCGAGAUUCAGAACGCUAUUUCCGAAGGAGCAACAUCUUUCCUAUUUACCGAAUACCAAUAUGUCGGUAUCUUCAUGAUCGCUUUCGCGGUAUUAAUCUUCGUCUUCUUGGGAUCCGUCGAGGGAUUCAGUACCAGUUACCAGCAAUGCACAUACGACACCACCAAAAUGUGCAAACCUGCCCUAUUCACCGCAGUCUUCAGCACCGUAUCAUUCAUCCUCGGGGCCAUAACUUCCGUUAUAUCUGGUUUUCUCGGGAUGAAAAUCGCCACAUACGCAAAUGCCAGAACUACCCUUGAGGCAAGAAAAGGUGUCGGAAAGGCGUUUAUUGUUGCGUUUCGUUCCGGAGCUGUUAUGGGAUUCUUGUUGGCUGCUAAUGGUCUUCUUGUGUUGUAUAUUACUAUUAAUGUUUUUAAGAUUUAUUAUGGUGAUGAUUGGGAAGGGCUUUUUGAAGCGAUAACGGGUUAUGGGCUCGGUGGAUCUUCGAUGGCGCUUUUUGGUAGAGUUGGUGGUGGUAUUUAUACGAAAGCCGCUGAUGUUGGUGCUGAUCUUGUUGGUAAGGUUGAGCGGAACAUUCCUGAAGAUGAUCCCAGAAAUCCAGCGGUGAUUGCUGACAAUGUUGGUGACAACGUCGGUGAUAUUGCAGGUAUGGGAUCCGAUCUAUUCGGCUCAUACGCGGAGUCAUCAUGUGCAGCCCUUGUUGUUGCAUCAAUUUCUUCAUUCGGAAACAACCACGAUUUCACAGCAAUGAUGUAUCCUCUCCUCAUCAGCUCAGUGGGCAUCCUUGUUUGUUUGAUCACCACCUUGUUCGCUACCGACAUUUUUGAAGUCAAAACUGUAAAGGAAAUCGAGCCCUCUUUAAAAAACCAACUUAUUAUUUCUACUGUUUUGAUGACGAUUGGUAUCGCACUCGUUAGUUGGAUUGCGCUUCCUUAUUCUUUCACCAUCUUCAAUUUUGGUGUUCAGAAAGAAGUUAAGAACUGGCAAUUGUUCUUAUGUGUUGGUGUUGGUUUAUGGGCUGGCCUUAUAAUAGGAUUUGUAACGGAGUACUACACUAGCAACGCUUACAGCCCUGUGAAAGAUGUUGCUGAUUCUUGCCGUACUGGAGCUGCUACAAACGUCAUUUUUGGCCUUGCAUUGGGAUAUAAAUCAGUUAUUAUCCCUAUUUUUGCAAUAGCAAUCAGUAUUUUUGUUAGUUUUAGCUUUGCUGCGAUGUAUGGUAUUGCUGUAGCCGCGCUCGGAAUGCUGAGCACCAUAGCUACCGGUCUGGCCAUUGAUGCAUACGGUCCCAUCAGUGACAACGCUGGCGGCAUAGCUGAAAUGGCGGGGAUGAGUCACCGGAUUCGUGAAAGAACUGAUGCCCUUGAUGCUGCUGGAAACACCACUGCUGCUAUCGGAAAGGGUUUUGCUAUAGGGUCUGCAGCCCUAGUAUCCCUGGCUCUAUUCGGCGCAUUCGUGAGCCGGGCCGAAAUCACAACCGUAGACGUAUUAACCCCCAAAGUCUUCAUCGGUUUACUCGUGGGCGCCAUGCUUCCAUACUGGUUCUCAGCCAUGACAAUGAAGAGUGUCGGUAAAGCGGCUCUUAGCAUGGUCGAAGAAGUACGAAGGCAAUUCAACACCAUUCCGGGCCUCAUGGAAGGUACAGCUAAGCCCGAUUACGCCACAUGUGUCAAGAUCUCCACCGAUGCAUCCAUUAAAGAGAUGAUCCCGCCUGGCGCACUUGUCAUGCUUACUCCUCUCAUUGUCGGGAUCUUCUUUGGUGUUGAGACGCUUUCGGGUGUUCUUGCUGGAUCUCUUGUGUCGGGUGUACAGAUUGCUAUUUCCGCAUCGAACACUGGUGGUGCUUGGGAUAAUGCGAAGAAAUACAUCGAGGCUGGUGCAUCUGAGCAUGCAAGGACACUUGGUCCGAAAGGGUCAGACGCGCACAAGGCAGCCGUGAUUGGUGACACUGUUGGGGACCCUCUAAAGGACACAUCGGGCCCGUCUCUAAACAUCCUCAUCAAGCUCAUGGCUGUCGAAUCGCUCGUGUUUGCUCCAUUUUUUGCCACCCAUGGAGGCCUUCUAUUCAAGAUCUUCUAGAUUUCAUCACAAAGGAAGGUAUAAUUCAACUUUACUGCUUUUCUAGAUCUUUGGAGCCAUUGAACACCUGUUGGUCCUUUAUGUUUCUCUAAAUCUGUACUAUUUAAAGGUUUAUGAGAAAUUAGAAAAUUUUUGACAUGGGUUGAUGAGUGAUGAAUCAUUUAUGGUUUCCUUCUUU